AUGGAAGAAGAAAUAACAAAUCAACAAUAAACAAACCAAAAUUAAUUAAUUAAAUAAUUAGUUGAAGCAAUAGAAGAAAAUCUACGAAAUCAUUUUCCUUAAAACGCAGUCUUUUUAGCAGAAAGACUACUCGCAGAACAUGAUAAUGAAGACACAAGAAGUAUUUUAGCAGAAUGCUAUAUGGCCGAAAACAAACAUUAUAAAGUAUAUGAAAUAUUAAAAAAUUGUAAAUCUGAAAUAAAUAGAUAUAAAUUUGCUUUAGUUUGUUUAAAAUUAAAUAAGUAUUAAGAUGGGGAAAAAGCACUUUUGGAUUUUUAAAAUGAUUUUAUUUUUUCUUAAAAAAGUAAAGGAAAUAAUUUAGAAAAUAUUCCAAAUGGAGCCUAUGGCUAUUAUCUUUUAGGUUUAAUAUUUGAAGGAUAAUAAAAAUUUGCAGAAGCUAAAGAAUAAUUUAUCAAAUCUCUCGAUUUAAAUCCUACUUUAUGGGUUGCUUAUGAAAAACUAUGUAAAAUAGGAGAUUAAGAAAGCCUUCCAAUUAAAGUUUUUUGUGAAGGAAAAUAUAGAUAAUAUUUAUUAAAUAAAAAAUCACAGCCAUCUAAUAUUUUCUAAAAAGUUUUAAAUGACCCAAGACCUUUAGAAGUUUAAAGUGAAUAAGAAAUACAAAAUAUUCCAUAAAACAAAACUAAAAUGCAAGCUUAAAUUUACUAAAUGAUCAUCUAACUUUAAGGCUAAUAAGCUCCACAAGAUCCCUAAUAACAAUAGCAAUAACAAUAACUUUACUAACCUAAUAACUAGCAAUUAUUCACCUAAUUACUCCAAAACCAAUAAUAAAUUUACUCCUAAACCCAAAAAUUAAGCACAGAACAUUACUAAAAAGACUUAAUAUCCUUACUAAGGUCCUUAGGAGAGGCUUUCUAUCACAUGUCAUUAUAUAUGUGCAAAGAAGCAAUUGAUUAUUUUAAUAAACUUCCCCGAAAUCACUAUAAUACAGGUUGGGUAUUAGCAAACAUCGGGCGAUGCUAUAUGGAAAUCGUGAAGUAUUCCGAAGCCGAAAAAAUGUACGCGGAAGCUUUAAGAAUAGAGCCUUAUAGACUUGAAGGAAUCGAAUACUACUCAAGUUGUCUAUGGCAUUUAAAAAAAUAAGUCGAAUUAUGCUAUUUAGCACAAUAAGCUUUAGAAAAAUCUGUAUUUGCACCAGAAACAUGGAUUGCAGUGGGAAAUUGUUUUAGUUUAUAAAAAGAACAUGAAAAUGCUUUAAAGUUUUUCACAAGAGCAAUUUAAUUGAAUCCAUAAUCGGCCUAUGCCCAUUCUUUGUGUGGGCAUGAAUUUGUAUAUAAUGAAGACUUUGGAAAGGCAAGGAAAUCUUUUCAAAGUGCCUUAAAUUUAGAUAUGAGGAAUUAUAAUGCGUGGUGGGGGUUGGGAAAUAUACUUUAUAAAUAAGAAAAAUAUCAACGAGCAGCUGAAAGUUUUCAACAUGCUAUUAAUAUCAACCCAAAAAAUCCGGUUCUUUAUUCAUUUAUGGGAAUGACGUUGGCAGCUGAUAGGAAUUUCAAAAAAGCUUUAAGUUUCUUCGAGAUUAGUGAAAAAUUAGACCCGAAAAAUGGACUUAAUAAAUUCUAAAAAGCAAAUACUUUGGUAAAACUUGAAAAUUAUGAAGCCGCACUAAAAGAACUUGAAGAAUUAUAUAAGAUGAUGCCAAAAGAAGCACCUAUACCAAUGUUAAUGGGUAAAGUUUAUAAAAAAUUAAAAAAAACUGACAAGGCACUUAAUUAUUUCACUCUAGCUCUUGAUUUAGAAGGAAAAGAUUCUCAAAGAAUUAAAGCUUUAAUAGAAAGCUUGCAUUAAGAAAAUUAAGAUUUUGUAGAAGAUUUGGAACUGUGA